AUGUUAGAUGAUGAUGUCGAGAUCAGUUGUAGGAAAAUAAUGCUUAUGGAAAAUGUUACUGAUUUGGAUGAAAAAUUGGGACUGUAUGUGGCGGGAAUUCUGAAGAAAGCAAUUAUUGAUCGAAAUGCUGCUAAAAUAGCACUUUCUGGCGGUUCGAUGCCUACUAUGGUAGCACCGGUAUUGGCCAGAUUGAAGGAUAUUGACUGGUCAAAAGUUCGAAUAUUUGUAGCAGAUGAACGGAUGGUUCCAUUAAGUGAUAUUGAUUCGAAUACAGGAGCCUAUAUGAAAAUUCUGCCAUCUAAUAUCAGCCAGUCAUUCGUUCCAUAUGGGCCUAUUGAUAACGCAGCACAGUGUGCGAAGAACUAUGAAGAACAGAUACAUCGUUGUACUACAGAGACAACAGAAGGCUGGCCUAUAUUCGAUUUGUUGUUAUUAGGGAUUGGACCAGAUGGUCAUACGUGCUCCUUGUUUCCUGGACAUCCACUGCUAAGGGAAAAUGUCAGAUGGAUUGCAGAAGUCGAAGACUCCCCGAAACCGCCACCAAGACGUAUAACUUUAACGCUACCAGUUAUUAAUCAUGCUCAAUAUGUGGCAUUUAUUUGCACUGGUAAAAAGAAAGGCGAAUUAGUACGGGAAAUUAUUGAUGGUCAAAAUUCUAGUUAUCCAGCAGCAAUGGUGAAGCCCAAAUCAGGUAAUAUAGUUUGGUUCAUGGAUAAAGAAGCAUUUGCUGCUUGUGGUGUCUCUGCCAAUCGUCUGUGA